GACUCACUCUGCCGGUGGUUGUCCUGUAUUGCAUCUGUCGCUUAAGUAUGACCUCAACCGGGGCUGCCGGACUCUUUCAUCCCUUGUAGAAACGUAAACAUCCUUAAUCAUGAUCGAGAGAAAAUCGAGAAGCGACGCGGCGAUGUGACAAGAGGGGGAUUUAAACUGUGGAAGCACAGCAGCACCACCACCAGUCGCCAUCGGUGACUCUGGCCAGGUCUUACCGGUGCUGCUGCACUUAAACGGGGGAGGAAACCCCGAGGAUCACGGCCUUUCGCCCGGAUGACACCGGCGGAGACUGCACAGCUAAGCUAACCAAUGUCUUCCUAGGGGUUGGAAAUAAGUGGCAAAUGGCGUGUUGGAAUUAUUCGUUGCUGGGAGUGUGUUAGUGGUUCUUCAUCUGCCGGAUGGACGCAACGGGAGUCGCUGUGUUUGGGCCGUGAGUGACAGGUUAAAGAGCUAAAGGCUCCCCAGGGAUGAUGGAAGGACUUAACAGCCAGGCAAUAAGCUUGGACCCUCGCAAGCAGGAGUUACUUGAAGCUCGUUUCACUGGCGUCGGCGUGGCCAAGAAUUCGGCCAACAGUGAGUCAUCAAGCCAGUCUCUUUGCAGCAUGGGGUCCCUGAGUGACAAGGAAGUGGAGACACCGGAGAAGAAGGCCGAUCAGAGAAACCGGAAGAGAAAAGGAGACAUGUUUGACAGCAACAGUCAGGGAAAGGGAAGAGGACACAAAACCAGUGAUUAUUUUGAGUUUACUGGCAGCAGUGGGUCCGGGACCAGUCCGGCCCGCAGCAUGCCCAUGCUGGUGCGCUCCUCUUCCCAGCAGUCGCUGUCCAAUCCUUCGUUCCAGCAAAGCAGCCCUUCCUCGGCAGGCUCGGCCCACACAGACUCUUCAUCGUGCAGCUCUGUUAAGGCGGCCCCCGCACACUUGUGCUCCCACAAAGCCACCCAGUCCGAGAUGACGCUGCUGAAGCUGACAGCGCUAGAGAGGAACAAGAACUCUGACCUUGAGAAGAAAGAAGGGAGGAUAGAUGACUUGCUGAGGGCCAACUGCGACCUGCGGCGUCAGGUGGAAGAGCAGCAGAAGAUGUUGGAGCGCUUCAAAGAGCGCCUCAACAAGUGUGUGACCAUAAGCAAGAAGCUCCUCGUUGAAAAGUCAAAGCAAGAGAAGAGUGCUUGCCGGGACAAGAGCAUGCAGGAUCGUCUGCGUUUGGGCCACUUCACCACAGUUCGCCACGGCGCCUCCUUCACCGAGCAGUGGACGGACGGAUUUGCCUUCCAGAACCUCAUCAAGCAGCAAGAGCGCAUCAACUCACAGCGUGAGGACAUAGAGAGGCAGAGGAAGCUGCUGGGGAAAAGGAAGCCGCCCCCUGUGGUCCAAACGCCGCUCCCAAGCAUUGAGCACAGCAAACGGAAAAGCAGGAGCAACGGCCAAGAGACUGAAACCCUCUCACUCGCGGAGUAUCAUGAGCAAGAGGAGAUAUUCAAACUCCGAAUUGGUUAUCUAAAAAAGGAAGAGGCUGAGAUCCAGACGGAGCUGGAGCGCUUGGAGCGAGUCAGGAACCUUCACAUUCGAGAGCUCAAGAGAAUCCACCAUGAGGACAAUUCACAAUUCAAAGACCACCCUACGCUAAACAACCGCUAUCUGUUGCUACAUUUACUUGGAAGAGGAGGCUUCAGUGAAGUUUACAAGGCGUUUGAUUUAAUGGAGCAAAGGUAUGUGGCCAUUAAAAUACACCAGCUCAACAAGAACUGGCGAGACGACAAGAAGGAGAACUACCACAAGCACGCCUGUAGAGAGUACAGAAUCCACAAAGAACUUGAUCACCCUCGGAUCGUCAAACUAUACGACUAUUUCUCUCUUGACACAGAUUCGUUCUGCACAGUCCUGGAGUACUGCCAGGGCAACGACCUGGACUUUUACUUGAAGCAAAACAAGCUGAUGACCGAGAAGGAGGGUCGCUCCAUCGUCAUGCAGAUCGUCAACGCGCUCAAGUACCUCAAUCAGAUCCGGCCGCCCAUCAUCCACUACGACCUCAAGCCUGGAAACAUCCUGCUGGUCAAUGGCUCCGCUUGCGGCGAGAUAAAAAUCACCGACUUCGGCCUGUCCAAGAUCAUGGACGACGACAGCUACAGCUCUGCAGAUGGCAUGGAGCUCACCUCGCAAGGGGCAGGCACCUACUGGUAUCUGCCCCCGGAGUGCUUUGUGGUCGGCAAGGAACCUCCCAAAAUAUCGAAUAAAGUUGAUGUUUGGUCACUGGGGGUCAUCUUUUAUCAGAGCUUAUACGGACGCAAGCCGUUUGGUCACAACCAAUCCCAGCAGGACAUCCUCCAGGAAAACACCAUACUUAAAGCUACUGAGGUGCAGUUUCCUCCAAAACCAGUGGUCACUGCUGAAGCCAAGAGCUUCAUUCGUCGUUGCCUGGCUUAUCACAAAGAGGACCGUGUGGAUGUGCUGCAGCUGUCAAGGGAACCGUACUUGAUGCCGACUCUCCGAAAGACCCUUGGUGCUACUGGCAGCCUCGGCGGCGGGGUCGCUGGAGGCAGCGCACCUACAGCCCCUCCCUUUGCCUCCACCUCUAGCUGCUACGGCAAUAGUGCCUCCAACUGAAGGAUGAUAACGACAUGGACUGAUGGGUGUGAAGAAACUGAUCAUGUGGGCAUCCAAGUGGUUAGAAAAUAUACAAAAUGAAGGGCGGACGCCAAAGUUUGUCCCGUGUGCAUGCACUAAUGCUACGCUUAAUUUCAAGGGGGCUAUUGGCGCGCCAAAUUUUGCACAAAGUGGCAGGCAGCAUCACGUCUGCUGUGUGAAGUCAGCCAUUACAAGUAUAACCCCCGCUCCCGAACCCCCCACGGACAUGUACUGCAAUGACUGAAAACCAAAGUAUAUACAUAAUUAUAAAAGGGGGCCUGGUCGCAACACAAAGGAUGAUCUUACUAGCAGUAACACUAAUAAAUAACUGGAAUUAUUUUGAAGAAUUCACUGAAAGUCCACUGCUUAUUUGCCACGAGUGAAAUACCCCCCGCUCCAGAAAGGGGCAAUAAUUGUUGUAUGUAACCAAUAACAGCUGCUUCUUGUUUCCAAAGAAACUCAAUAAGUAAAUAAGUAUUGAACA